GCAAGAAAUUCUAUCACAAUUUUUUGUUCAUAGACACAAAAGAAAAACAACAAAAGAAACCAUGGCUGAAGCACCAAAUGAGGUUACUUCUGGUUAUAACUCCACUACUUUUGCCGAGAACAACAAGAAAGCUCUUGAAUUCAUCAAAGAAGUGACGAAAAAAGCCGACGAGGUUCAGAAAGGAGUGCUUGCAGAGAUCUUGUCUCAAAAUGCCAAUGUUGAGUACUUAUUGAGGCAUGGCCUUAAUGGUCACACUGAUAGAGAAACUUUCAAGAAAAUCAUUCCUGUGAUCACUUAUGAGGACAUUCUGCCUGAUAUCACUCGUAUAGCUAAUGGUGAUAAAUCCCAAAUUCUUUGCUGCCAGCCCAUUUCUGAGUUCCUAACAAGCUCUGGCACCUCCGCUGGAGACCGGAAAUUGAUACCUACAAUGGCGGAAGAGUUGGAGAGGAGGAAAUUUCUGUGUACCCUUGUGAUGCCUGUGAUGAGCCAAUAUGUUUCUGAUUUAGACAAAGGCAAAGGAAUGUAUUUCUUGUUUAUUAAAUGUGAGGCUAAGACACCAGGUGGACUUGUAGCAAGUACAGUUUCAACAAGCUACAGCAAAAACAGUGCAUCUUUAAAGAACAAGCCUUCUGAUCCUUACGCAAAUCACACAAGUCCAAUUCAGACCAUUCUCUGCCCGGAGACAUUCCAAAGCAUGUACUCCCAGCUGCUUUGUGGCUUGUGUCUAAACAAAGAUGUCAUACGUGUUGGUGCUGUUUUCGCCUCGGGUUUCAUUCGUGCUAUCCAGUUUCUUGAAAUGCGCUGGCAACUUUUGUGCAAUGAUAUCCGAACAGGUACUCUAAACCCACAAAUUAUAGAUUCUUCUGUGAGGGAUGCUGUAAUGAGAAUCCUAAAACCUGACCCGCAACUUGCUGAAUUUAUCGAAUCGCAAUGUGGGAAGAAAGAGUCUUCUUGGCAAGGAAUCAUUACUAGGUUAUGGCCGAAUACCAAGUAUAUUGAUGUCAUUGUGACUGGGACAAUGUCACAAUAUAUUCCAACUCUGGAUUACUAUAGCAAUGGCUUACCUCUUGUUUGCUCAAUCUAUGCUUCUUCUGAGUGUUUCUUUGGCAUUAAUUUAAACCCUCUUUCCAAACCAAGUGAGGUUUCUUACACUCUCAUUCCUACCCUUGGCUACUUUGAGUUCAUCCCUGUGGACAGGAACACUGAUGUCAAAAACAGUAUUACUAACGCGCCCGAAUCUCUUGAUGAUAAGGAGCAACAAGAAUUGGUUGAUCUGGUUGAUGUCAAGUUGGGACAAGAUUAUGAGCUUGUUGUCACAACUUAUGCUGGUCUAUAUAGGUACAGAGUGGGGGAUGUGCUCAGGGUAGCUGGUUUUAAGAACAAGGCUCCCCAAUUCCACUACAUUUGCCGGAAAAAUGUAGUUUUGAGCAUUGAUACCGACAAGACGGGUGAGGUUGAACUACAAAGUGCGGUGGAAAAGGCCAUUUCUUGCCAUUUGGUUCCGAUAGAUGCUCAUUUAGCUGAUUAUACUAGCUUUGCGGACACCACAACCAUUCCAGGACACUAUGUUUUGUACUGGGAGCUCAUUAGCCGAAACGGAUCAAACCCGAUUCCUGCUUCAGUUUUCGAAGAAUGUUGCCUCACCAUGGAAGAGUCACUCAACAGUGUUUAUCGCCAGGGACGAGUUUGUGACCAGUCCAUUGGUCCGUUGGAGAUAAAAAUCGUGGAGACCGGCACGUUUGAUGAGCUCAUGGACUAUUCCAUCAGCUCAGGUGGUUCAAUCAAUCAGUAUAAAACACCUCGGUGUGUGAAAUUCGGGCCAAUCGUUGCACUUCUGAACUCGAGGGUCUUGUCGAGCUACUUUAGUCCGACAUGUCCUGAAUGGAUUCCGGGUCAUAAGCAAUGGAAUACGAAAGGAAACUGA